CGAACCCGGGACACCGGCUGCUCUUCCUCCUAGCGACACCCGAGUCGUUUUGGGACGGAAAAAGCCAGCGAGGGUGGCAGCAGUUCUCCCCGCCUGUUUCUCCGCCCCGCUUGCCGUUUCUCGCCAACCCGCUUGCACCAGCGGUUGGAGUGCGCACGCCCCCCUUCUCCGCGGCGAGGAGCGGGAGACCCUGUUGUGGGGCUUUGCGCCCUCAGCAGGAGGCUCCUGCGGCCGCCGCCGAUGAGCCUUCCCCGCCAGAGGUCGGCGUUAGCGACCGGGCUGCCUUUUUAGCCGCAGACUUCUAUGGGCUCGGGCUGAGCGUGCCUGCGGCGGUCACCUUUUGCUCUGCCGUCUUUCCUCCGGUGGGGCAACCGAGGCUGCCGGCGCAGCGCCGAGGAGCGGGUGGCUACAGCUCAGCCGCGGCACGGAUGUCGGUCUCCAGGUGCUGCAGAGGCGGAGGAGACGGCGGUAAACCUGAGCGCCUUUUGCAAGGCCGAGCUUGGAAAGUAUGCAUGACAAACUGUCCUACUCUGAUUGUAAUGGUUGGCCUUCCAGCAAGAGGAAAAACUUACAUAUCAAAAAAAUUGACACGCUACUUAAAUUGGAUUGGAGUGCCUACGAAAGAGUUUAAUGUUGGUCAGUACCGUCGAGAUUUGGUGAAAACAUACAAGUCCUUUGAAUUCUUCUUGCCAGACAAUAAAGAAGCCCUGAAAAUCCGAAAAAAGUGUGCCUUAGCAGCACUAAAUGAUGUUCAACGAUAUCUUUGUGAAGAAAAUGGGCACGUGGCAGUUUUUGAUGCUACAAAUACUACAAGGGAACGUAGAGACACCAUAUAUAAGUUUGGGGAAGAAAAUGGAUUUAAGACUUUUUUUGUGGAGUCAGUAUGCGUUGAUCCUGAGGUUAUUGCUGCAAAUAUUGUGCAAGUGAAAUUAGGCAGUCCUGAUUAUAUUGACUGUGCUAGUGAUGAAGCUACAGAGGACUUUAUGAAAAGAAUUGAGUGUUACAAGAAUUCAUAUGAGACGUUGGAUGAAAAUCUAGACAAGGAUCUUUCUUAUAUUAAAAUCAUGGAUGUUGGAAGGAGUUACCUUGUAAACCAUGUAAUGGAUCAUAUUCAGAGUCGGAUUGUUUACUACCUCAUGAAUAUCCAUGUAACUCCUCGUUCCAUCUACCUGUGUCGACAUGGUGAAAGUGAACUAAAUCUAAAGGGAAGAAUAGGAGGAGACACAGGCUUAUCCAAUAGAGGGAAAGAGUUUGCCAAGAGCUUGGGCCAGUUCAUUAAUGAUCAAAACAUCAAAGAUCUGAAGGUCUGGACAAGUCAGAUGAAGAGGACCAUUCAGACUGCUGAGGCUCUGAGAGUGCCUUAUGAGCAGUGGAAAGUUUUAAAUGAAAUUGAUGCGGGAGUCUGUGAAGAAAUGACAUAUGAAGAAAUUCAGGAAAAUUAUCCCUUAGAAUUUGCUUUGAGAGACCAGGACAAAUACAGAUACAGAUAUCCUAAGGGCGAGUCCUAUGAAGAUCUUGUUCAAAGGUUAGAGCCAGUAAUUAUGGAGCUGGAAAGGCAGGAAAACGUGCUUGUAAUCUGUCACCAAGCUGUUAUGCGUUGUUUGCUUGCUUACUUUUUGGAUAAGCCUGCAGAACAACUGCCUUAUCUCAAGUGCCCUCUGCAUACUGUCUUAAAGCUAACUCCAGUGGCUUACGGUUGCAAAGUGGAAUCUAUUUUUCUAAAUGUUGACGCUGUAAACACACACAGGGAUAAACCACUGAAUGUAGACAUUGUCAGACCUCCUGAGGAUGCCCUUGUAACUGUCCCUGCUCACCUGUGAAUCCUGUUUCCUGAUCAGCUAUGAAAGAUGUGAAUGUGUGUGUGAGCCGCUCUCGAGAAGAAGCCUUGAGGACUGUACCUAAUAAUUUGUAGCUCUCUGGUCUCCCAGGCUGCUAUCCAAUGUCAACAUUAAGGACACUUCUCAGGGACACGAUGAUGAAAGCCUUCAAAGGAGGCAGCCAGCAAGGCAGAAAAAAUGCCUGGUCUCUUCUAUUAAAAUGAAUUUCAAGACCAACUGAGCAUUAAAGUAAAACAAUGUACCAAGUAUUUAUGGAACACAGGAUGAAAUUAGUUUUAAUUUAAUGUAUUUUGUCUUCAGCCUGUCAUUUUUGAUCUUGAAUGUUAUAUGUAUAAAUCGUCAGGUGUUAUUUUGAGAUUCUUCUAGAGUUAGAAUAUUUUCUUAAGUUGGUCUUUCUGUCAAAAACAAUCCUCUGCUUGUUUUAUUCAAAUUUUAUGCACACAAAAAGUAUUUUAAAGUUUUUCAUCUACUAGACAGGAUAUUUAUCAUUUCCAUCAAACUUCAUUCAAGUUUUUUUUUUAAUUUCAUAAUUGCAUUGUUUUGAUUGACAACACAAAAAGCUACUUGCUUAUAAGCUAUUCAAUGUUUUAAAGUAGACUUAAAAUUUCCAGUUUUAGGGACCAACUUUCCAAAUAAUUUUAUUAAAGGUUCUAUUUCUAUUUAGCAUCUAAAAUAUUUUCUCUUUUAUGCUCCUAUUAAAAAGUGCUCCUGGAAAAUUUAUUCAAAUGAUUUUUUUUAUCGAAAAUAAUAGCAGAUUUCUUUCUACUUCAUAUACAAAAUAAUACCAUUUUCGAAGCCCCCUUUUU